UCUCUCUCCGCCUCCUUCUCAUUCCACAGAGUGGCAGCGCUGGCACAGCAUCGUUCAGAGAACCCUGAGCUGCGGUAUCUGCCCGGGUGCACCUCUAUUUUUUUUCUUUGCUCAGAUCCCUCCGGGCCGUCAUAGCCGGUGAGCCAAAAAAAAAAUAAAAAUUCCCAGCAGUGGAUAUAUAUGAGACAGGAGAUCCGCGCUUCUCUUGGGCACCCUAUUGCAAGAGAAGAUUGUUAUUUGGGAGGAAAAAUUAAUCAUAAUAAUAAAGCUCCUGUCCUGUCCGGCGGCAGGAGUGAGAAGAGACGAGACCUCUGAGCUCCUGUGUGCCGUGCAGCAGUGCGCGGAGAGCAGCCACACACUCAGCAGACGCACUGAAAAGGCAGAAGGCAGAGAAGGAAGGUGGAGGAUAUUUUACGCACAGCAGCACCAAGUAGCGCCGUCGUUCACUCACUGGGGAGCUCCGCGCAGGACUCAGCACACACUGCUUCGUGUCUCGCCAGGAUUUGCACUUGACUAAAGUCCCAUACAGCUCCAGGAGUCGGGCGGAAUGGAUUCCUUCAUCAUAGCGGCUCUGGCACUGUCCUCUCUAACGGCACCAACCUAUGGGGACAAAGGGACCAGCAAAGCCCGGAGUUGUUCGGAUAUCCGACAGUUUUACGGCGGAAAGGGAUUCUCUCUGGAUGUGGUCCCUCAGUCUGAAAUAUCAGGGGAGCACCUGCGCAUCUGUCCUCAGGGUUACACCUGCUGUACCAGUGUCAUGGAGGACAACCUGGCCACGCUGAGUCGCAGGGAGAUGGAGGGAGUGCUCAAAGAUGCUGGACGAUCCUUACAGACCUCCCUUGCCGGACAGUACAAAGCCUUUGAUGGGUACUUCCAAGAGCUGCUGAACCAGUCAACGAUUAACCUACAGGAGACUUUCACAAGAACUUGGAGCACUCUAUACGUCCAGAAUUCCCAGGUCUUCACUGACCUGUACACAGAUUUGAGGCGCUACUACCGAGGUUUGAAUGUCAACCUGGAAGAGGUGCUCAACGAGUUCUGGGCCAGGCUGCUGGAGAGGCUCUUCUACCAGGCAAACAAGCAAUAUUUCAUAGGUGAAGACUAUCUGGAGUGUGUGUCAAAGCAGAUAGAGACACUACGGCCUUUCGGAGAAACGCCUCGUACGAUGAAGAUGACGGUCACGCGCACAUUUGUGGCAGCACGCUCGUUUGUUCAGGGGCUGGUGAUAAGUGGGGAGGUUGUUCGCAAAGUGUCCCAGGUGCCGCUGAACCAGGACUGCAUGCGGGCCAUCAUGAGGAUGACUUACUGUCCUCACUGCCGUGGCAUGGCCUCUGCCAGACCUUGUACCAACUACUGCAGCAACGUCAUGAAGGGCUGUCUGGCCAACCAGGCUGACCUCAACACCGAGUGGCGGCAUCUAGCAGAAACAAUGAUGCAAGUGGCCGACCGCUUGGAUGGUCCAUCUGGGGUGGAUAACGUGGUCCUCUCCCUCCCCAGUCGCAUAUCUGAAGCCAUGCUUACCAUGAUGGAGAAUAUAGACACGAUCAACAGCAAGCUGUUCCAAGCAUGUGGCAUCCUCAGAGAGGGAGGAACCAGCAGCACAGGAAUUGACGAGAUCAUGAAGAGAGAGAAAAUCACAGUGGAGGACAGGGUGGGAACCAGCUCCAGCAAAAUUGACAAAUUGGUGUCUGAUGUAACCAUGAGACUGAGGGACAUGCAGCCAUACUGGGUCUCUCUCCCAAAUAUCCUCUGCAGUGACAGAGUGGCCACUGGAACAGGGGCCGAGGACAAGUGUUGGAACGGCAUGAGUCGUGCCAGGUACCUUCCUGAGGUGAUGGCCGAUGGCCUCGCAAGUCAGAUCAACAACCCAGAAGUGGAAAUUGACAUCACCAAACCAGACAUGACAAUACGCCAACAGAUAAUGCAGCUGAAGAUCAUGACUCACCGCCUGAAGAAUGCUCUCAAUGGCCAGGAUGUGGACUUCCAGGACACCAGUGAUGAUGUUAGUGGUUCAGGAAGUGGCAUGUGCGCAGAUGAUAUGUGCUCCCGGGGCCCACGCCUUGUUGUCCCCGUCACCGAACGACCCAUAAUCUAUCAAUAUCCUCCAGAAAACAAGAAGGUGAAAGCAUCAGCCAUGCAGAACCUCCCCUCCAUCACCACUUACCUGCUUUCACUGCUCAUUUUGCUGCUCCGGCGAUAAUUACCGGAGGGAAUCUUCCAACUGGGACUGAGUUUGGGGCAUGGGGGUUGGGGAGAGUUUGAAAGGAGAGGGAGGAGAAGUUGGGGUUAGUUACUUUGCCAAAAUGAAAAAAAAAGAAAAGAGAGAAAGUUUAAGAAAACAACAAGAACAAAAAAUUACUUGUAUGGACUUCCCUUGGUUUUGGAAUAGAACAAAAUGGAAUUAUGAGUAUUCAUAAAUGUUUUUGUUCUGCUCUUGUCUUUUAUUUCUUGCUAUAUUAUGACACCAUUAGAGCUGGUCUUUUUGCAUCUUCUAAUGUUUUGUUUCUGGUGUUUGGGUUCUCUGAGAUUAUAUCUGCACGUAAGACAUGUGUAAGACAAUACUGCUAACAGUAUGUUGGUGUUGACGCCACGGGGAGAGGGAGAAUGGAGUUUGGCAGUGGCGCUCAGACACUUGUCUUUAUUCCACUUGUAGAUUUAUUUAUUUAUUAAUAAUUGCCAAUAGACUCCAAAUCGGAUUAAUUCACACCCAGAUAUAAAUGGAUAAAACUACACAAACCACAAACCGAAAAGAAUUAGAGUGCUGAUGACUUUUAAAGGAUGAUAACCAAACCUUUUAAUGCAUUAAAGCCUCACAAUAUCAUUACAACCGCACACUCUCUCUCACAGUGAGGAUGAGAGCACUCCACGUCUGCACUUUGGACCAUUUCAUCAUGUGAUCUGUAAUAAAAGCUGUAAUCACAUUCACACUGACAUGCUUGUCCGGUGUAGGCGUAACGUGGCCUGUCCUCCACUCCAUCCGUCCACUCAUCCCUACAUUCCCCUCUGCCCGCCCGCCGAGGCGGAUCUCCCUCUCUCUCCAUGACCCUGCUGGCAGUUCAGCAUCAGCUCCAGAUUCUGGUGUAAGCAAAGCACAUGCUUGACCGGGACAGGUCUCAAAUGACAGCAGUCGGAACGCUGUACGUAAGAUCGCCCUCGCAGCAAAAAGGAUGGGCAGUUCAUGAUCUCGGAAGCUUGUAGCAGAGCAGAAACGUACACAAAAGCAGAAACACUGCUGCCCUGCUGCACUUUUUGUUUUCAGUAUUCCUUUUAUGUCCACAGCAGAGCAAAAAUAUAAUAUGCAUAAUUUUGUGUGUUCCCUACAAAGGCGCCGUGUUCCUGUAAUUAGCGACAUGAUUUCAGUGUCAUAGGUUUUUCUUUUUGUUUUGUAUAAUUGCAGCAAUGAUGCAUAUCACAGUGAAAAGCCACACCAUGCACGUCUUUGAAAAGUACUACUCUUUCUAUGGCAAACAGAAUCGUGUACAUAUUUUUGAUUGCUUCUUUGUUGUUUUCUAGGGGACAAAAAUAGCCAAUUAGGUACCAAAAUUUUGUAAUUCUUCAGACCAUUAUAUGCUUUUACGCUUCUUUUUGUCAUCUCUCAGAGUAUCCACAUCUGCCUCUCAUUUUUCUGCAACUUUUCUAUAUCAGUGCCUCUUUGUUCCCACCCCAACUCCCUCUACCCUCUUCCCUGCUCAUCUGUUAUAAUGACCUUUAAAGUGUUCCUCAUGCUUCCACAUGAUGGCAAGGCAAUAUGACAAUGACACAGUGCUUCAUUACGUGUCAAACUUACUGGGAAUGUUAUGGGAACACGACGUAAGGCUUUUCCUGAUGAGACGCUUGCGAGGGAGAAAACAUGUACCGCAUUUUAAUUCAAAGAAAUGUCAAAGCUCUCAUUUAAGAAUGCUGCGUGCAGGAUGAUGGGACGAUGCUUGCAUGUAUGUUUAUGCAAACGUUUGUGUGUGAAUGUGUGUCUUCGACUGACAGAGCAAAAAGAGGAUCGGACGAUGGAGCCUUUCUAAAUCUGGUUUGGAUGGCACAGAAGGAGAAUCUAUUGAAAUAUAUUGGAGUAACAUUGUCUGACAGAGUCUUGCUAUUAAACUGACAGCGAUGGGAGAUUAAUAUAGCUCAUUUUACAAAAAUAGUAUUUCCAGCCUGCUACUGUAAUAACUCACAGUCUAUAUUGAUGGUAUCUGUGCUGUCAAAAUUGCUCAUGGAAAGUGGAGGAUUAAAAUGGACAUGCUUUUUAAAGUGCAUCAUUGCUUCAGUUGCACACUGGGACAAUCCACCAUAAUUCAAAAAUCUAUACUGCAAAUCUGUUUAGAUAGUUUUGGGCUUUGUCAGAGUUUGAGAAGUAAAUCUUUUAGAUACAUACUUAGUUACUGCUCUGAAAAUUGAUGAGGUUGUGGUCAUGUGUGUUAUAUGGCAAGUUAUUUUGAUGGUAUUUUCCUUUUUGAUAUGCUUUAUUAAUGAUUUGCCGCUGUGUGUAUGUGUGUUUGUGUCUCUCCUUCUGUUAGUCCCUGGUUAAGAAAUCUGCCUGUGACUGCCUUUGACACUUUGGGGUCAAUUAUUAGAUUUAACGAGAGAGAUAUUAUGAUAUCAGCUGGUCCUGUGGGGAUAAAAAAAAUUAUGCAUUCUGACAGCAAGCAAUUAGUAAGCGCCACAUGGGUUCUCUGUUUUGUGACCCCUUUAGAGAAAAUCUGAAAACGAAUGUGAACGUACACAUGCAGCCCUGUAAAGAAUAAGAAAUUACUCCAACUGUGAUGGUGACAUUCCAGUUCAAAGAUGACCUGCGACUUUAGACUCACGACUUCAGUUUCAAUGACUGCCUCACAAUGUCAUCGGCUGAAAUUUGCACAACCCACCCCCACCCCCCGCCCACACCUCCUUCACUUUUUGAUCUCAUUAAUUUGUUGUUCAAAGCUCCCCCCCUCCCUCCCUUUUGUAAAAACCUGCACUUUUAUGAGGCCAAUGAAUGGCAUUGUCUGCACAAAGACAUCACAAGAUGGUCGAUCGAUGCGUGAGUCAACACCUUCCAGAAACGACUAUUGAUUGGGGAUGCGCGUAUGCAGAUAGAUGUGGCCCAGCGAGAUGUCUCCUGUUUGACGAUGGUGAAGCAGCGCAAACAGGAAGCCCCUGAGUGUGAGAGGAAGCAGGAGAAAGGAUCGCCCAGAGCGCCUGAUGUCAAAUCAGUGCGUAUGCCUCGAUCCUGCCUUCAUUUGUUUCUGUAGGUGGCGGAAAAAAUAAAACAUGCAAAGCUGACUAUUCAACCAUUUAAUAACAAAACAGCUUUAUUCUACACCGAGUUGAGAAUGGGAGGCAUUUCUGUACGGUGCCAAUUUAUGAGGAAAAAAGUACUUAUAUUUUUCUUGUUUUAUUUUACUUUGGUUUUAUUGUUAUCAAAAAUCUAUGGAGAAUUUGUUCUUUUGUUGAAGAUAGUCGCCAGAAAGAGGCUGAAAAAAUAUCUAAAAUGUCUCAUUUGCUGUUGUACCUGAAAUCUUGUGUCAAUUAUAUACAUUGUAAGAUUUUCAACA